AAGAGAAGAGAAUGUGAAGCAGUGCAGCACACGAAUAAAUUAACUGAAUUAAAAUGGCAAAGACGCAGGAGAAGACCAUCUUCCUCUCAUCUGUUUGAUUGAGUAGUAGGAUAAAGCUGACAGAGGUACAACUGGGGUAACGAGGAGUAGGGGGAGGAGGUGCCAGAGGUCUGUGCAUGCUUAUUUCUUCUCUCGCACCGUACGCCUCCGGAGCCUUGCAGCCGAUGGUGUCACUGCGACAGCACUCAUUGAGGGAGCUGUGUGAACCAGCUGGUGGUGUCUUUUCAAAAAUCAACAGCUGAGAGUUCAUCUAUCAGGUGGAUGUGGAGUAAAUGUUGGAUUUGUGAACUGGAAGAGUUUCACCCAGGUGUAAGUUGCACCUUCCACCUUUUCCCUCCUCUUCCCUUUUUUACUCUGCUGCAUUCGUCUGAGCCAGAAGCUUUGCCUGUUUGAUCAGGAGCUGCUGCUGCGCUCUGCUUUCCUCUUCCCUACCGCUUCUCUCCAGCCGCCUGCCGGCUUUUUAGUAACUGUUCCUGGACCACGAUUGGUAGUUGGGUUUGGUGGCUCAUCCACAGACAAGAAAAGCAGGUUGAUGCCAUUGGAUCUCAGACAUCAUUAUCCAGAAUGACAGAGACCUGAAUCUUUGGGUGGACUCCACUACCUAGGGUUCCAACCACAGUUGAUGCCUGCUGCCAUUCAGCCAACCCACACUUCUUUAGAAGAUCCAUGUUGACUCUUUUUGUAUAAGGACUCAAUGGUCUCCAGCUGCUUUUUUGAGGAAAUCAGACAGAGAAAGAAAUGAAGGGGAAAAAAAGACUGCUAGUGUUUUGAAAAACUUGGUCCUCUGGUGAAUUCCUCUUUCCAGGAUCCUGUUUGAAUUCUGUAAAGCAAAAAUCUUGAACUGUCACCAACAUCAAGCCUUGAGAAAGACUAUGAAAUGUAAAUGAAAAAAAGCAAGUAUAAAGGACACUUCUCCAAACAAGCUGCCCCACAAUGUUGUCACAAAAGGUGACAUGUGUCUCAUCCUACCAUGUAGCCACAAAAACCUAUGGAAACCUAGAAACUUUUCUACCAAACCCUCAGCCAAUUUAAAAGAGCUGAAAAACAACAGGGAAUAAAUAAACUUGGAGACUUCUCAAGUGCCACUAGAUUAUUAUCAGCCCAUGCACUUUCCAUUUACAUCUUUAAUUUAAAUUUUCUAAGUAAUCAUAUUUUUAAUUUAUAGUGACAGAAUCAUGAAUUCCUUCAGCUCUCGUAUUUUCCACCACCGCUAGAGACACCUGCAUCCAAUUAACUACAGCUGAUCCAGUUGUGGAUUGUACUCAAGAAGAGGAGGAGGGAUUUAAUGUAAACAACAAAAAAGAAAUUAAAGGCAACUGCAAACAAAGCAACAGCAAGAGAUUUAAAGAAGGUGAAGAAGAACUCAUUGGUCAACCUGGUAUUCAAUAAAAGGGAGGAUCAGAGGGCAGCGGAGGAUAUGGCCAGAUCAAGUUGCCAACACGCUAAGAUAAUAACUAGCUUAGAGUCAGUUGGAAAGAUUGACUGCAGGCACCCAGAGUCUUGACUGAUAGGCACAGGACUCAUUGCAAUUCUUUGUGCUGUGCGGAGCAUAGCAUCACAAAGAGUGCAAGAGAGAAGAGAAACUCUUGGCUGGCUGCCACAAUCAGGGCCAAUUAGGAGAAUUUGAUUAUAUGCCUUAAUCUUGGCAGUCAGGUGGAAAAGCAGUCAGACAGAGAAAGAGGAGGCUGAGCAGGUGCCACCGAUACACACCAUUAUCUCUGUCCAUCUCUAAUUGAGUUUUUUUCUGCCCCUGUGAGUGUCUCAUCUCCAAACAAGAGCUUUAAGUGGUGGAGGUUCCUCAAGAGAAAACAGGGGGGAAAAAAGAAGAAAAACACAUUUCCAUUUGUGUUUUCCUUAAGAGGACAAGGACUUUUUUUCCACCAAUCUCCCUCAUCUCUUUAAACCUAUGUUCCCUCCCUCAAGAUUUAUAAUCCCAGUUUGGACCUUGUCUCUUCUGGAAGUUUCCGUGCAGCUUCCUCUAUCUCAAUAUCGAGGCUGAGAUAAAAGCCAGAGAGGAACUAAUAGACAUAAAAGGGAAGAGAAUUGGCGUGGUACUGAAUCUGUGGAGGACACAGCAGACUUAUUUCCUUCCUCAAUCUCAAACAGCAAGGGUAUCUUGCCAAGUGUCCCAAAAACUGUGCUUCCUCUUUUUUAAAUAUCUUCCUUUCCCUUGGAGAGUUUUCCUCUGCUCCCCUCCUUGUGGAUCAUAAAUUCUAUCCUGGACUUCACCAAGAUUAAAGUGGCCCUAGUUAUCCAAGGAAAUCCUUUGAUAUUGGCUCCCGGUGUUGUCAUCUUAAUUCUGGGCAUUCUAGGAUAGAGCUGGCCCUCCUGAUGAGUUUAUCCAACUGCUUCCCAACACCAUAGAAGAUGGCUGAUGCCACCAUAGACCAUAAAGAAGGUCUUGAGGAGCGCCCCCUGCACUCCAAAAGACCUCAGUCUCCUCAGCAGGUUGUCCUCAUCUCCAAGUCCAACAAUGGCAGAGUGAUCAGAGAAGUUCUAAAGGUAGCAACCAGGGGAGCUGAUGGAGAAGUCUGCAGUAUAGAGGGUGGACAGAAACAGUGCUAGCACAGUUCUUUGUGGAGCACCUGUAGCGCACACCAACCUGUUAGAGAGGCAACCGUUUGUCCUCACAUACUGCAGUCGACCAGUAAGGUGGCAGUACAGGCAGCCAGCAGACCAUUCUCCAUGAGGAGCAGUGGAAGAUGCAGGCUCUGCCAGCACUGCUGCUGUCGAUUUAUGUCGUCGUCCUGCUGCUGACUAUGGCACCUCAUCUCUUCAGCAAAGCCAACACCCUAUCCGCCGUCCGAAUGGCGGCCAUUUUGGAUGACCAGUCUUUGUGUGGCCGCGGUGAGCGCCUGGCGCUGGCUCUGGCCAGGGAAAAUAUUAACAAUCAGAUGGAGGGUUCCUCCCAGGCAAGGGUAGAGGUGGAUGUCUACGAGCUACAGAAAGAUUCCCAAUAUGAGACGACUGACACAAUGUGUCAGAUCCUGCCUAAGGGUGUGGUAUCAGUGAUUGGCCCUGCCUCUAGCCCGGCCUCAGGGUCAACCAUCAGUCACAUCUGCGGGGAAAAAGAGAUCCCUCAUGUGAAGAUCGGGCCUGAGGAAACCCCAAAGCUACCGUACCUGCGCUUCGCCUCGGUGACACUGUAUCCGAGUAACGAGGACCUCAGCCUGGCCAUCGGAUCCAUCCUGCGCUCCUUUGGCUACCCAACAGCCAGCCUCAUUUGUGCUAAAGCAGAGUGCCUGCUCAGAUUAGAGGAACUUGUUCGACAGUUCCUUAUCUCCAGAGAGACGCUUUCAGUGCGAAUGCUGGAUGACAGUCUGGACCCCACGCCCUUGCUGAAGGAGAUUCGUGAUGACAAAGUGGCUACCAUCAUUAUUGAUGCUAAUGCCUCUAUUUCUUACCAUAUCCUCAGGAAGGCUAACGAGCUGGGGAUGAUGUCGGCCUUCUACAAGUAUAUUCUCACCACCAUGGAUUUCCCUCUGCUCCAACUAGAUGAUGUGGUGGGUGACCAGUCCAACAUUGUUGGCUUCUCUAUGUUGAACAUUUCCCAUCCUUUCUACUUGGAGUUCAUCAGGAGCCUAAACUUGUCAUGGAAGGAAGGCUGCAACAUCAACCCAUAUCCAGGACCUGCGCUGUCAUCAGCCCUUAUGUUUGAUGCUGUUCACGUGGUGGUGAGUGCUGUGCGGGAGCUGAACCGCAGUCAGGAGAUUGGAGUGAAGCCGCUGAGCUGCACCUCCCCCCUCAUCUGGCAACAUGGGACCAGCCUCAUGAACUACCUUCGCAUGGUGGAAUAUGAUGGUCUGACAGGUCACAUCGAGUUCAACAGCAAAGGACAGAGGACCAACUACACCCUGAAGAUCUUGGAGAAACACCCUGCAGGCCAUAAAGAGAUUGGUACUUGGUUUUCCAACAACACAUUGGCCAUGAACUCUACUUCCUUGGACCUCAAUGCCUCGGAAACAUUGGCUAACAAAUCCUUAAUUGUCACCACUAUACUGGAAAACCCGUAUGUGAUGCGCAAGUCCAAUUACCAGGACCUUCACGGAAACGAUCAGUACGAGGGUUUUUGUGUGGACAUGCUGAGAGAGUUGGCAGAUAUUCUAAAGUUUUCCUUUAAGAUAAAGCUGGUGGAUGAUGGGUUGUAUGGAGCACCUGAGCCUAAUGGCAGCUGGACCGGCAUGGUCGGGGAGCUUAUCAACAGGAAAGCAGACCUGGCAGUGGCUGGCUUCACUAUAACCUCAGAGAGAGAGAAGGUGAUUGAUUUCUCCAAGCCAUUCAUGUCCCUGGGAAUCAGCAUCCUCUACCGAGUGCAUCUGGCUCGUAAACCAGGUUACUUUUCUUUUCUGGACCCGUUUUCUCCUGCUGUUUGGCUUUUCAUGCUGUUGGCCUACCUCGCCGUCAGCUGUGUUCUCUUUCUUGCUGCCAGGCUCAGCCCUUAUGAGUGGUACAACCCUCAUCCAUGUCUACGGGAGCGACGGGACAUCUUGGAGAACCAGUACACACUGGGCAACAGUCUGUGGUUUCCAGUUGGAGGCUUCAUGCAGCAAGGCUCGGAGAUCAUGCCCCGUGCCCUGUCCACCCGCUGUGUUAGCGGAGUCUGGUGGGCGUUCACUCUCAUCAUAAUCUCCUCCUAUACUGCCAACUUGGCAGCGUUUCUCACCGUACAGAGAAUGGAGGUGCCCAUUGAGUCUCCUGAUGACCUGGCCGACCAAACCAACAUACAAUAUGGAACCAUACAUGGAGGAUCCACAAUGACGUUCUUUAUGAACUCACGGUACCAGACAUACCAGCGAAUGUGGAAUUACAUGAAGUCCAAGCAGCCCAGUGUUUUUGUGAAGAGCACAGAAGAGGGCAUUGCCCGUGUACUUAAUUCAAAGUAUGCCUUCCUGAUGGAGAGCACCAUGAACGAGUACUACCGCAGCCUAAACUGCAACCUCACGCAGAUCGGAGGCCUUUUGGACACAAAGGGAUAUGGCAUUGGCAUGCCGCUGGGCUCUCCUUACAGAGAUGAAAUCACUCUGGGGAUCUUGCAGCUGCAGGAAAGCAACAGGCUGGAGAUUCUAAAGAGACGCUGGUGGGAAGGAGGACAGUGUCCUAAGGAGGAGGAUCACCGGGCUAAAGGCCUCGGCAUGGAGAAUAUUGGUGGGAUCUUUGUAGUCUUGAUUUGUGGCCUCAUUGUAGCUGUGUUCGUGGCCAUCAUGGAGUUUGUUUGGUCAACCCGCCGCACAGCUGAGACAGGCAAGGUCUCUGUUUGUCAGGAGAUGCUGACAGAGUUUCGAAAUGCUGUUUCUUGUAAGAAAAGUUCCCGGGCUCGUCGGCGACGCCCUCUCAGCAGUGCUGGGGGCGGAGUUCUGCGCCAUCCUUCCCGGCUAGCUCUAGCUGGGCCUAGACCAAUUCGGCUAGUAAGGGAGAUGCGUCUCAGUAACGGAAAACUCUACAGUGGUGCCGGCCCACUGACAGGGGGUUUGGCUGGGCUGGGGGGAGGUAUGGCAGCAGGACCUGAUUUGGGCCCAGGCCCACAGAGGCUCUUGGAUGAUCCACUGGGUGCCAACUCUGCCACCAAUACACCUCCUCCGCCACCUCCUGUGUCAUCAUUUGAGGCUCCGCCUGCCCCACCUCGCACCUUCCUCCAGAGCUGCAGCCAUGUGCGCAUCUGCCAGGAGUGCCGGCGGAUCCAAAGCUUGCGACCGGCCGCACUCACGCCUCCCCCACCUCCUCCACCUUCUUCAUCCUCCUCUGCCUCGUCCUGCUCCCGUAUCCCUCCUUUGGCAAUGUCAGGACAUCAACAUCGUCAUAAUCCGCACCACCACCUCCACUACCACCAUGGCUCCAUGUCAUUACCCCGCCUUCCUCCUCCUCCUCCCCCAAUCUCAACAGACAGAGCCGAUAGUGAUGGGGGAACAGCAAGUCCACAGCGGGGGAAAAACAGACCGGCCCCUCCUCCCAGGCCGCUGCCGCCUCCCAAAACACCAACACUCCCACCAACAAAUUAUCUCGGGGGUCACGAUUGUGCUUAAAUAUCCCAAACUUGGGCUCAAAAGAUACAGACUACACAUCAACAACUUUUCUUUUGAUCCCAGCAACACAGCUAUACCUGUCCAAACUCCUGAGGAGUUGGAUAGAAGAAACUACUUUGACUCGUUUGAAGGGAUUGGAUCCCUCAAAAAGUAGUCAGUUCGGCUCAGCUGAUACUAUAAACCUUUAAACAGGGAUGGUUGAGUCUAAACCCUCAUUCCUGGUAGCAGGGAGAAUUUAAAGAGUCGUAUAUGGAUUUAGCAACUUUCCGUAGUUGCUGAUGAUGGACAAAUGCAGCGUUAGCAGGCAACUUCGGAUUCAGUCCUCGAUCUCUUACCUCGGCUAAUUAUCCCAUUGCAAGAAGAAAAUAGAAGAUAUAAAUGGACAGAUUUUUGAGAGGAUUGUCAGUCAACCAGGACAUGAUGUCAGAAAGAUUUAAAAAAAAAAAUCAAGACAAAUUUCACCAGCGCUCUUAUGUUUUUGUUUCUUUUUCUUUCAGUUUGAACACUGAACUAGGUGUUUGUACAAGAGGAGACCUUCCUGCAGACACGUAGCAGAGCAGUUGUACAGUAAUCAUGGUCUUCGGUCACUCUUUUGGAUGUUUGUUGAGGAUGUAGCUUAUUUCCCAUACCGUUUUGCUGUUUGUACAGACUCCUGCUGCCUGGUGCUGUGAUCCACAACGCAGAGAAAAACAAAACCAUCAUUACUUGCCUAAGUGUUUAAACUGUGCUGGGGUAGUUCUUCUGUUACACAUAAAAACUAUCAAGCAAGAAAAAGGCACUGUGAGGCACGUGAAGGUUAAGGGCUGAGAAGCAACUAUAGAAGUUUUACAUAUUUUUGUACAAAAAAAACAAAAAACAAAAAAACUUUUUUUUUUUUUUACGAUAUUUGAGAUGUCAUGUUACAAAAUUCCAGUAUGUGGUAACUAACUGCAAAGUAGUGUUUUAGUUCUUUUUUAAUAAAAUCCUUUUAUGGUAAAAAUUUAAUAACUCAAGACCUUCGCAAACCAAGUCUUGGUUCUUCAGUUCAGGCAGGCACAGAGUCAUCAUCCAUAUGAAUGUUAUCAUCUAAAACUAAAUCUAAAUCAAAGAAAAGGAAAACACUUAUUUAUACUAUAAACCAUAAUGUGCUUUUCUUUUGCACAUGCAUGCCCAGUAUUAUCAGCCAGACUAGGAGGAACACAGAUAUGCAGGAUUUCACCUUGAAAUAUUCACAUGUGUUUGUCAUCUGAUAAGUCUUAUUUCAGCCUUGUUGAAAAGACCAGGUUAAAAUGAAGAACAUUUAAAAUAGGAAAAUAAACCUCCUUGACACAUAACAUUUCAAUUUUGCCUUAUAUUAUAA